AGACAGACAAGACAUGUAUAUUUUCCUCUAUGAUCUGUGUCACAGAUACAAUUCUAGAAACAAAGUAAAAAGUUUAACUAAAUGUAAACAAUUUGAAUACGAUGUUACCGAUCUUUGAACUUUGUGAUUAUUAAAUAGUGAUAAUGUACAUAAAUUAUCCAACCAUAGUGAAAAGAUAAAUAUUUAAUUAGAGUGCGAAGUAUAUCACAGUAGAGCUUAAAACGUAUGAUCUGUAAAUUUCAUUCUGAUACAGUGUAAAUUGGAAAACAUUAUACAAAUUAGCGUUUAAGACAACCUUUGAUAAAAAUGUCUUUAAAUAAAUUAGUCGGAGGUGACUGUGGGGGAGACAAUUCUCUUGUUCAGUUAUCAAACAUUGUGAGUCGAGAUGCAUCCAUCGCCCAGCCACUUACGCAGGCCGACAGGUUUGUCCAAGAAUUUAUGGGUCAAAAUUCUCAAAUUCCCCAAACAUUUAACAUGAAUUCUUUACUUAAUAAUAUCCCUGAGGUGGAUAAGAAUGUAAACAAAAAUACACAUAUUCCUGUAAACAAUCAAAUCCAAACUAUUGCCCCUCAAGCAAAUAUGUCAUGGUUGCCUGGACCUUCAACUUCUUAUAUGCCACAACAACCCUUGUUUAGGUCUUUUCAUAUGCAGCAACCUUUAAUGCAUUCUAAACCCAUUAGUAAUGUUCAAAUUGAAUAUAUGAGUGAAGAGGAUGCAAUCAAUGCUACAGACAAUGAUGUCCGUGCUAAAGCUCAAGAAUAUGUUGAAAGUGUUAAAGAUGAUGAUGAAUUAGCUUAUAAUCAGUUUAUGUCGUUUAUGAAAAAAGUAAGUGCAGGGGAAUUAAAUUUGGGGAACACUGUAGAUAAUGACCAAAGAAAAUUAAGUAAAGAUGAAAUUUUAGAUGAAAUGCAAGAAAAAUAUAAAGAUGAGUGGGCCAAAUUAAGUGAUGUUGGAGAUUAUUGGAAUACAGAAGAAGCUAAUGGAAUUUCACAAGAAUAUAGCUUUACUGAAGGAAAUAUUAUGUUAGAGAAUAAAAGUGCUCUUGAAAUUGGUAAAGAAAAAUUAAAAAUGGGUGAUAUCCCUGGAGCAGUCUUAUGUUUUGAAGCUGCAGCACAACAGAAUCCUAGCUCUGCUGAAGCUUGGUUCUUAUUGGGGACUUCACAAGCUGAAAAUGAACAGGACCCUGCUGCAAUUACAGCAUUAAAGAAGUCACUGGAAAUAGACCCUACUCAGUUAGAAGCUUACAUUACAUUGGCUGCAGCUUAUACAAAUGAAAAUAUGCCCAAAUUUGCAUUUUUGUCACUGUUGAACUGGUUAAAAGCAAGUCCUAAGUAUAAUGACUUAUUCCCUCAUGAUAUAGAUCCUAAAACAUUAGAUUUAAAAUCUUUAGAAGCUCAUGUGAAGUCAUUGUACAUAAGAGCUGCUCAGUUAAAUCCAUCCCAAAUUGACCCAGAUGUUCAGAAUGCAUUAGGAGUUGUGUUCAAUAUUACUCAUGAACAUGACAAAGCUGUAGAUUGUUUUAAAUCAGCUUUGAUGGUAGCUAGUGAUGAUCCAAAAUUAUGGAACAGACUGGGAGCCACAUUAGCAAAUAGUGAGAAAUCUGAAGAAGCAGUUGAUGCUUAUCAACAAGCUUUGAAUUUAGAGCCUGGCUUCAUUAGGGCUCGAUAUAAUGUGGGUAUUACUUGUAUGAACUUGGGAGCUCAUAGACAAGCAGCGGAACAUUUUCUCGUAGCUUUAAAUCAGCAAUAUAAAUCAAAGAAUAUGCAUUCAGACUCAUUAAAUAUAGAUACUAGUUCAUCAACAAUAUGGACAACUCUACGGAUGGUUUGUUCUUUUAUGGGAGAGCAUGAAGUUGCAAAGUUGGUUGAUGAACGGAAUCUAACAGAGCUCAAUAAAUUUUUUGAAACAGAAUAACCUUUUUUAGGUAUCUAAAAAUAUAGUGUAUUAUAUGAUAUUAAACAAUGACAUGUUUUGUUUGUCAUCAUCCCUGUAUGGUAUCUUAAAGCAAUAAAUGUCAUCUAACUAUCUGUUGUCAGUUAAAAAUUUGUUUACAGUAAAUUUCAAUUGACAAAUAUCGAUAAAAAAUAUUAUCCACAUUCUUUAACAUGUAUAUUCUAUCUGUUGAUUAUUUAGUAUGCAAAGUAAAUUGCAAGUGUUUUUAAACAAUUUACAAAUGAGUGCACAUAUUAUUCUAUUUCUAGAAGUGUUAUUUAUAUAUAAAAUUAUGAACAAUUUUAGAUAUGAUAAUAAUCAACUGUAUAGACAAUACAAAUUUGCAAUUUGUUUAAGCUCCAUGAAAAGAAUAUCUGAUAAUUAGUGUACAUUAUUUAAAAUAUAAUUAUUAAUAUUAUCAAAAUAUUAUUAAGUCACACAAAAAAUUUAGAAAUGUGAUUUUUAUAAUUUUAAUAUUUCAUUAUUUAAGUGGGUCUUGUAAUUAACAUAGCACUCAUAUAUUUUAUUGGGUAGGUGUGAUUAGUUAAAUCGAAUGGGUACUAUUGGUCAUUGUUGGUAUUAAUGUUUAUUAGCAUAUUUGUAGAUUUGAAUGUAUUUUUCAAGAGAUUGGUUAGAAUAUAAUAAUAAUUGACAAUAAAAAAAUAUUUUUAAUAAUUAA